UUAGCUUAUAGUGUCUUUUGAUGUGAUGUCUUUACUUUGCUGUGUGAUAUGCUCUGUCACCAUAGUUGUUGUGUGGCUACCUUCACUUUCAUUAAGUACAGGAUAUUCGUUUAUGGAUGAAGAUAUAGCGCAGUUAGUCUUACUGCACAACAAGUAUAGAUCACAGAUUACACCACCAGCAGUUGAAAUGCGAAUGAUGACUUGGAAUUCUGAUUUAUCAAAACUAGCGCAAGCUAAAGCUGAAGAAUGUGUUUAUUCGCACGGAGUACGAGUGCACCACCCUAAGCUCGGGGAAUUAGGAGAAAAUAUUUACGUAACAGACGGAAGUUACCCAAGGACCAGGUAUUUUCAAAGAGCCGUGUUCAAAUGGAACGCAGAAGUUCACUUUUAUAAUUUGGCAACGAACAUAUGCGAAACGGGGGAGAAAUGUGGUCACUACACACAGCUUGCAUGGUCAUCGACAUACAUGGUUGGCUGUGGGCUAAAGUUCUGUUCCGGACCUGUUUCUACCCCAAAUGGUGAUCUUAUAAACGCUACUUUGAUAUUUUGUGAGUAUUACCCAUCAGGUAACAAGCAAGCUGGCUUCCUGUUUAAUACGAAACCCGCACCCCCAUACACCACAGGCGCACCAUGCAGCUCAUGUCCCGAAGAUGUUCCUAUAUGUGAAAGUAAUUUAUGCUGCACCCCCAACGAACACAUUCUGUUUAAUAAAUACAAAGAAUUACUCAAAGCUGUGUCAAGUGUUUCUCCUGAACCAACCAAUAAUACAACAACGCAUACUCACCUAAUAACAAGCACUUUCAAAGACAAUACAAAAGGGCCGGAAAAAACAGGCAUCACAUUUAAAGACAAUAUGCAAGUGACAGAAAUAAAGCAAGAAAAAACAAAGUUUGUUAAAGUGACUACGACGAUGCAAUCAACUACUAGUGGUUGUUCAACCGUUUUAACAUUGGGUAAUACAGUAUGGUGUACAACGUUAGCAUUUGGCUUACUCGUAGAAUAUCUAAAAAUUGUCAAUCUUUUUAUGCUUUGUUAAUUAGUCUUGUUAUUCACGUAAUGAUGUACCAUAGUUUGCAAUAGAAAAACGUAUUAUGCGAGUUUAGCUACAUAGAUGUGAGCGAUUUUAAAUAAUACAUUGCAAUCAUGAAAUUGAAUUAUAGAUUUAAUCUAUAAGAAUAUUAUAUGUCGCUAUACUUUAUGCUGAAAAAUAUUUAAUCCAUUGCUAAAUACGGCAUUCCAAAAACUAUCGUAUACCCUUUCUUGUAUUAUAAGUAAUUGACAAACAAAUAAAACUCGAUAAAUGGAA